AUGGAUUUCGAUGAAUUUAUUGAAUCUUUGGAAAGUUUACCCAUUGAUUUAAGUCGUAAUCUUCGUUUAUUACGUGAACUCGAUGAUAAAAGUUUAUCAUUAAAAUCAGAAUGUUCCACUAUUGCAACAAAAUAUCAAGAUUCAAAAUCUCACGAUGAUAAAUAUUCUAUAAUUCAAACAUUAAAUGAUUUACAAUCUCGACGGUUACUGCAUGCGAAUGAAAAAAUAACCUUAGCCAAUCAAGCCUAUGAAAUGGUCGAAAAGCAUAUACGUCGUUUAGAUGAGGUUCUUGAAGAAUUAGCAAAUCAACCACAAGUAAAUUCAACAACAAAUCGAAAGAAAAAACGAACAAUAUCAUCGCAUGAUGAUGUAAAUUCAAAUAAAAAACGACGCAAACAAGACAAACCUUUGAAUCAAGUACAAAAUAAAACAUCUAUUAAAAAUAAAGAACAUCAUGAUAUAAACAAAGUUGAACCGGUUGGUUUAGAUCUAUUUCCUAUUGACCCCUAUGAACCUCGAUAUUGUAUAUGUAAUCAAGUUUCAUUUGGACGUAUGGUUGCAUGUGAUAAUCCACAUUGUCAAAUUGAAUGGUUUCACUUUGCAUGUGUUAAACUUGAAGAAGAACCUAAAGGAAAAUGGUUUUGCCAGCAAUGUCGAACAAUAUCGAAUUAA